UAUGAAUGGCUGGAGCUGCAGACCUAACAUUCCCUUCUCUUGGAUCUGAAAGAAUCAUGGAUCGAAGCCAAGGCUCGGAGAAGGUUAAUAACCACAGACCGAGCAUAGAAGCAAUCCUUAUGGCCCCAAAAUUGCCCAAGGCAGUUCCACCAGUUUCUUCAGCGCCGGAGGGUGAAACUAUGAUCAGGCGUCCUCGUGGCAGGCCAGCUGGCUCAAAAAAUAAGCCAAAACCUCCUAUUAUUGUCACUCGAGAUAGUGCAAACGCACUCCGCGCCCAUGCAAUGGAGGUGAGCUCUGGCUGUGAUGUGUGUGAGAGUUUAGCUAACUUUGCAAGAAGGAAGCAGCGUGGAAUAUCUGUACUUAGUGGGAGUGGUUGUGUAACCAAUGUUACCCUAAGACAACCAACUUCAUCUGGGGCAAUUGUAACCCUUCAUGGGCGUUUUGAGAUACUCUCACUGCUAGGAUCUGUCUUGCCCCCACCUGCUCCGCAGGGGAUCACGGGACUAACUAUCUACUUGGCAGGGGCUCAAGGGCAGGUUGUUGGUGGAGGUGUAGUUGGUGCGCUCAUUGCUUCGGGCCCUGUAGUAAUCAUGGCUGCAUCAUUCAUGAAGGCAACUUUUGAUCGUUUGCCACUGGAUGACGAUGAAAUAACUGCUGCUGUGCAGAAUCAGCAUUACCAAAAUGGUCGUCACCAUCACCUUGAUAUUUCAGAUUUGUACGGAAUGCCGCAAAACUUGCUUACCAAUGGUGCUGUGACCCCUGAGAUUUACUCUUGGACACCAGGGCGAACCAUGUCAAAAUCCUAGUUAGCAGCACAUCUUCUAGUCUCUCAAAUUGGCAAAUCAUAAUAUUAAUCAAUGUUGUGUCAUUUCACUAAUGUUUUCGGGCUUCCUUGUAAGAUUAGCUACCUGUUUUACCUGGCAUGAACUCUUUA